AUGGCACAUGCUCUUAAACUCCUCUUUGCUCUCCUCCUCUGCAUCUUUGUACAAGGUAAGAGCGACCCUUGUGCUCUCUCGAGCAUUGAGGUUCAGCAGACGAACACGGGACAGAUGGCAGGCUAUGAUCCGGUAUUUGAGGUGGAGGUGAAGAAUGGAUGCAGAUGCUCAGUGGCACACGUUUACCUGUACUCUCUGGGAUUUGCGAGCUCAACGCCCGUCGACCCAUCACUAUUCCGGCAGGACGGGGUCGGCUACCUCGUGAACAAUGGGCAGAGCAUCGCGAGUGGUGCAUCCGUGAAGUUCCGUUAUGCAUGGGAUAGGGCUUUUCAGAUGGGUCCUGUGAAGAUGCAGGUUGAAUGCUGA